CGCUCGGACCCGCGCCCGCGGGGAACAAAGGGUCGCGCUGGGGCCUCAGGGCCGCUCACGCCCGCGCCCGCCCUCCCCGCGCCCUCGCUGGCCCCGAGCGGGAAGUAACCCGCCAACACAUGACAACCAGAGAGACCCUGCCUGCCACUGCCCUCACGCCUCACCGCCAUGGAUGACGCCCCGCUGCCAGCGCCCCCUGUCCCCGCGCCGGCCCCAGCCCAGGCCCCAGCACCGCCGGCUGCCGCCGCCCCACGCGUGCCGUUUCACUGCAGUGAGUGUGGCAAGAGCUUCCGCUACCGCUCGGACCUGCGGCGCCACUUCGCGCGUCACACUGCUCUCAAGCCCCACGCGUGUCCGCGCUGUGGCAAAGGCUUCAAGCACAGCUUCAACCUGGCCAAUCACCUGCGCUCGCACACGGGCGAGCGGCCCUACCGCUGCUCCGCCUGCCCCAAGGGCUUCCGAGACUCCACCGGCCUGUUGCACCACCAGGUCGUGCACACCGGAGAGAAGCCCUACUGCUGCCUGGUCUGCGAGCUGCGCUUCUCCUCGCGCUCCAGCCUGGGCCGCCACCUCAAGCGCCAGCACCGCGGGGUGCUCCCGUCGCCCCUGCAGCCCGGCCCGGGCCUCCCCGCCCUGAGCCCGUCCUGCUCCGUGUGCUGCAACGUGGGGCCCUGCUCCGUGUGCGGAGGCGCGGGGGCCGGCGGGGGCGAGGCCCCGGAGGGGGUGGGCCCGGGCGGCUGGGGGUUGGCGGAGGCGGCGGCGGCCGCGGCGGCCUCGCUGCCCCCGUUCGCGUGCGGCGCCUGCGCCCGGCGCUUCGACCACGGCCGGGAGCUGGCGGCCCAUUGGGCCGCGCACACCGACGUGAAGCCCUUCAAGUGCCCGCGCUGCGAGCGCGACUUCAACGCCCCGGCGCUGCUGGAGCGGCACAAGCUGACGCACGACCUGCAGGGCCCGGGCGCGCCCCCCGCGCAGGCCUGGGCCGCGGGGGCGGCUGCGGGGCCCGAGGCCCCCGGCGAGGGCGGCGCCGAGGAGGCGGGGGACGCCGGGCCGGCCUGGGACGGCGGGCUGCUCCUGGGCCGCGUGGGGGGCGGUGUGCCCGAGCUGGGGGGGCUGCUCCCCGGGGGCGGCGGGGAGGCGCCCCCACCGGCGGCCGCGGCGGAGCCCUCGGAGGACACCCUGUACCAGUGCGACUGCGGGACCUUCUUCGCCUCGGCCGCGGCGCUGGCCAGCCACCUGGAGGCGCACUCGGGGCCGGCCACCUACGGCUGCGGCCACUGCGGGGCGCUGUACGCCGCCCUGGCGGCCCUGGAAGAGCACCGACGGGUCAGCCACGGCGAGGGCGACGGGGCGGAGGCGGCCGCGGCGGCCUCCGAGGGGGAGCCCGCGGCCGGGGAGCCCGCGGCCAGCUCCGGCCGCAGCAAGAAGAUCUUCGGCUGCUCCGAGUGCGAGAAGCUCUUCCGCUCCCCGCGGGACCUGGAGCGGCACGUGCUGGUGCACACGGGCGAGAAGCCGUUCCCGUGCCUCGAGUGCGGCAAGUUCUUCCGCCACGAGUGCUACCUCAAGCGCCACCGGCUGCUGCACGGCACCGAGCGGCCCUUCCCCUGCCACAUCUGCGGCAAGGGCUUCAUCACGCUCAGCAACCUCUCCCGGCACCUGAAGCUGCACCGCGGCAUGGACUGACCACGCCCCCGCCGCCUGCGGCUGGACUCGGGGUCCCGGGGGGCCGCCCAAACCCAGACAGGGGCCCUGAGAUGACGGGGCCCUGGCUGGAGAGAUGGAGCCACCAGAAACCCAUAUAGGCCCUGAGCUGGGCACCCCCAAAUCAAUGGGCCCCUACGCUGGGGAGACCAAGAAAGGGGCCUCCACAAGUCUAGUCACUCGAGGGCCCUAAUAAAAGAUGGGCACCCCUCCUCAAGGGAAGCCUGCCCCUCCCUGAGAGCCAUCAUUCCCAGCGACCUUGGUCUGGAGAGUGUAGGGGGACCAUGCCCCCGAAUCUCCCUGGAUCCUUCCAAAUGCACCCCGCAAUCACUGGUGCCCCUAGGUGAUGGAUAGAGCCAGAAUCUGCCUUCCCCCGUUGCAUUCCCUGUGCGGAAGGAGGACCAGGGUAGAUCCCCCUGCCCUCAGCCCACUCCCCAGUCAGGCCGCCCUCCCCUACUGCGGAAUGGGCCAACCCUAGUGAUCUCCCCACCCCCAAACACUAGACUAGGCUGGUUGGGCAUCCCCCCGCCCGGUCGGACGGACUGGUCCAGAUGCGCAGCCUCCUGUCCACUGGAAUGGGCUGGCCCUGCUGUGGCCUGCGCCGCCCUCUUCACAGCGGACACGGCAGACACGCCCCUCCUCUUCUGCGUCAUUCCCGACCUGCGAGCUCACCUGAGCGGGAGCUGGCGGACACUGGGGUCUCCUCCCACUCUGUCCUAGCACCUGUUGGUCUUCCCCUCUCUGUCGGUUUGUCUGUCUCUGUGUUCCUCCCAACCCUAAGGGAAAGGGGGGGCUGGCUAGGGGGUUCUCCCCAUGAGCCUGGACCUCACCCCCUCAUCCCAGUCCCCUGUGUCUCCCAAGACCCCAAUAAACCUCAUCCUGUCGGUCA